AGAGAGAGGGGGAAACCAGUCAGGAGUUUUAGAGAGAGAAAACAAAAAGACAGGUAGAGAGAGAAGAUUUAUAACCAGUGCGAGAAUCUAAUGGAAAGUUAGAAGGCAGUAAGAGGGAGUGGUUGAGUCUUUUACACUUAGAUCUGCAAGAGCAAGUAGCUUCAUGUGGAGAAGCAGGCUUUGGGGAAAGCCACUCUCUUCCGAUCUGAGGAAGACUUUCUUUCUCUAAAAACUCUCUCUCUACACUGAAAUGGUGUUCUCUCACUCUUUUUUCACCAGCAGAUCUACAAUGGGCUACUCAAGCUCCGUCACUGCAGUGGUUGCAGUGCUACUUUUUGGCAGCAGUUUCACUUCAACAGAUGCCUAUGAUGCACUGGAUCCUAAUGGGAAUAUCACAAUCAAGUGGGAUGUCAUACAAUGGGCCCCAGAUGGCUAUGUUGCAGUCGUCACAAUGUACAAUUUCCAACAAUAUCGCCAUAUUCAAGCACCAGGAUGGACUCUAGGAUGGACAUGGGCAAAGAGUGAGGUUAUAUGGUCCAUGGUUGGAGCUCAAGCCACUGAACAAGGAGAUUGCUCUAAAUUCAAGGGCAACAUUCCUCAUUGCUGUAAAAAGGACCCCACAGUUGUUGAUUUAUUGCCUGGUACUCCAUAUAACCAGCAAAUUGCUAAUUGUUGUAAAGGUGGGGUUAUUAAUUCAUGGGUUCAAGACCCUGCUGGUGCACUGAGUUCCUUUCAAAUAAGUGUUGGAAAAUCUGGUAGCACCAACAGAACUGUCAGAGUGCCGAAGAACUUCACUCUCAAAGCUCCAGGCCCUGGUUAUACAUGUGGACCUGCUAAAGUAGUGAAAUCGAGUCGGUUUUUAACGGGUGAUGGAAGAAGAACGACCCAAGCUUUGAUGACAUGGAAUGUGACCUGUACAUAUUCUCAAUUUUUGUCUCAGAAGACCCCCACCUGCUGUGUUUCUCUAUCAGCUUUCUACAAUGAGACAAUUGUCCCAUGUCCCACUUGCACCUGUGGCUGCCAAAAUAAUAUAACUCAACCAGGAAGUUGUGUAGAGGGGGAUUCGCCUUAUCUACAACAAGCCAUUACAAACACAGGAAAGAACAACUACGCACCUUUAGUUCAGUGCACAAAUCAUAUGUGCCCGGUUCGGAUUCAUUGGCAUGUGAAGCUAAAUUAUAAAGAAUACUGGCGUGUGAAGAUCACUAUAACAAAUUUCAAUUAUCGAAUGAAUUAUACUCAAUGGAAUUUGGUUGUUCAGCACCCUAACUUCGACAAUCUCACACAGAUCUUCAGUUUCAAUUACAAGUCCUUGACACCUUAUGGACCAGCGAUAAAUGACACUGCCAUGCUCUGGGGGGUCAAAUUCUACAAUGAUUUGCUUAUGGAAGCGGGCCCCUUUGGCAACGUGCAAUCCGAGCUUCUUUUCAAGAAGGACGCAUCGUUCACCUUUAAGCAAGGCUGGGGGUUACCCCGACGUGUAUAUUUCAAUGGAGAUAACUGUGUCAUGCCCCCCCCUGAUUCAUAUCCAUGGCUCCCCAACUCUUCUCCUCAUCUGAAAAUGACAAAAUUACCCCUUGCCAUGUUUUGUCUAACGACCAUUGCACUCUUGCUGUCUUUGUUCUGAUAACAAUGGGAGAAACUAAUGCUUUUUGGUAAAUUAUGAGGGUUUCUCAAAUGGGAUAUUGAUGGAAUUUCCAGCAGAUAAUUGGAUACCAAUAGUGGCCUCGGGGACCCGGAUGAAGGAAUGGAUUAGUGGCUCAUUUAUCUCUUGGUUGAAACUUAUUUGUUCUCUAUGAAGGAAAAAGUGGAAAAACAUAAGGAUCAGUUAUUCUUGGUUCUUUAAUUAGGUUGAAGUGUAAGAUCUGGUUAUACGUGUUUUGUACCUUGUGUGGGGGUUCCUAUGCUCUGGUGUUAUUUGAUAGUUCUUCGAUGUCCAUAUUGUGUUUUAUUUGGAUAAACAAUGGACACAUGCUCCUGUUCCACGAAUGUAUUGACUCUUGGAACAUUUAUUUGUUUAACAAAGGCAUUGGAGAUUGCAGUUUAUAUAUGCAAA